AUGGAAGGUUUCUGGUACCCAACGUCCUCUGGCUCUCGCUACAUCGUCGGCGACAAGGUCAACCUGACCUGGCAAGCCCAUGCACCCCGAAUCAGCCUCUACGAGACAUGUGCAGACGACCUAAUCUAUCUGGAACGAAAUGUGACAAACGUCAAUUUCUACAUCUGGACAGCAGCCAACAUACACUUCCAACACAACAUCUACGGUGAUAACGGGUGCAAUUUCCGAUUACAACUACUAUCUCCGAGGGGCGAGCCUGGUGAGGAGGUGUACAGCAGUAACUCCUUUGGUGUAUCCAAUCGAACAAACGAUGAUCCCUCUCCUACCUCAUACAACUUCUACAGUCCCAAUGCCCCGACCAUGACUCUGACUGUAACGACACACCUAAGGGCAACCACCACGAUUGAAGAUGUUACGGUCGUUAUUCCCAGUGCAUCAAUUUCAUCAUCCGAAUCCAGUUCGAUGACCUCAGAUCUGCUUCCGAGUACAAGUACAACAAUGACUUUAACCACGGCAUCAUCAUCGGCAGAUUCAAGCAGCGGACUCUCCUCGUCUUCGAAACUGGGUCUCGAGAUUGGGAUUCCACUAGGUUUACUCACCCUGGCUAUCAUCUUUGGUCUUUGCAAUUACCAGCGACUGAGGAAUGCUGGGCAGAAGAAUGUCGCACGGGUAGCGGAGGUACCCGCAGAUGGGACUCAUGAAAUGGGGAAUGAUACGAUGGUUUCGGAGUUGCCUGGCGAUGCUCCUGUAAUUCAGGGGGAGCAUGUUAGUGAGAUGCCUCGAGUGAAGUACUGA